GAGGAACACACCAAGACGACGUUCAAGGCUGUGGGACGCAGUCAUUUGCAAGGCGUUAUAUCUUCCACUGUAUCGUCUGGUGAAAACCUCUUGCAACGGAAUGGAGCGGCGCAAGACCAGUACCAUGUCCACUCUUAGAAGCAAAUCAAUGCAUUCACAGAUGGAGGGAGAAAAGACGUGGUACAUCGUGAUUACAGUUAUCGUACUCGUCGCAGUCUUGGCUGUUCUUGUUAUAAUCUACCUGAAAUCUAUCGAAGUAGUGCGAGAGACACCAGCCCCAGAUGAUCCCUCGGCCUGCGGUAGUGCCGCCUGUCUCGAAUACGUACACAUGGUAAGACAGAGAAUGGACCCUUCCGCCAACCCUUGCGCCAACUUUUAUAACUUCACUUGCAACGGCAACAGCAACACCACCGACAAAAACUGGAUAUCAGUUAUCCACGAUCACAAGGCAUCAUUUUCGCGGAGCCUGGGAAAGCUUAUGAACACCAUGGCCAUACCAACAGAAAGACAAACAGCUAUUCAAAAGGCAGCGGCCUUCUACCAGUCUUGCUACGCUGUCGUCACAGGAAAAUUAGACGAAUUUAGCAACUUCAAGCGAAUAAUACAGAGCAUCGGUAUUUACUGGCCACGCCCGUCCACUGCCCCUGAUGGUCUUCAUCUCCUUAUGUCAGUUUAUAAAACUUUCAAGAUAGACACAAUCCUCAGUAUAAGAGUGAUUAAUGCCAGCGCCAUUGCACUAUACCACCCACUAACAUUUUUCCAAGAGUAUUCGAAGACACGGGAGUCCCAUCUAAGCACACGAAAACAUAAGGACGAUUUCGACAAUUUUCGGAUGAUCUUCAAAGAACCGAAGGAUGACUUCGCAAAUCUAAUCAGCUACGACACAUUCAAAGACGUCGAGAGCUCUAUCGUGAAAUAUAUCGACAACAACAAUAUCGGUACAGUAAUCAUUUGGUGGAACAGCACAGAAGAAUUGGCCAGAUCUACGCCAGGAAUAUCAGCGUCACGGUGGGACAGGGCUCUGCAAGAGUUGUUAAUGGGACCAGGGCCUCUAAAGGUUUACACAAACAAAAAAACCUUCAUCCAAGGUAUCUUCGACUUAUUCAGCAGUUUAGGUGAGGAGAGUGUCACAGACUUCAUUGCGUGGCUAACCAUUACUCAACUUGCUCCUCUCAUGAACGCCCAUCUCGCUGCGUUUUGGCUGGAUAAACCGGGAACGCUACAAGAUGAGGCCCCUUUGCUCUGCAUUAAGUUCACUGAGCGAUAUCUAGGAUGGAUAACUUUCUUUCCACUGCGGGAUGCCUAUUUCGACGCGGAGAGCCGCCAAGAUAUUGAUGACAUCACCAAUAACCUAGAACGCACGACAAAGCUAAGGAUUGCAAAAAACCAAUGGGCUCUGAACAGAGGAGCACAGGUAGACUUCAAGAUCGUCCACCAAAUGAUGCGCCUUGUGGAUAUGACGCGUGAGCAAUUGGAACAGAUCUACAUCAACUUCGCCGACAUGGGUACUUCAAUAUCAAUGAACAUCUUGAGCGCUGCGUCGUCUUAUCAUAAUUCGAGCAGUCUUGCCAAGCAGCGUGUCAUGACAGAUAUGAUGAACGAGCCAGUGUACAGGGUAUUCAGUCCAUUCACGAUGCGACCUAUACCACCGUACAUGGCUUCCUUGCCAGUAUACGCUUACGGAGCAACCACAGCAAUCAAGUAUGGUGGUCUAGGUGCGAUCCUAGCUGCUCCAUUUUUUGGACUCACCUACCGGAUCAUAACAAAGUACGCUAGAGAGCGAACCAGAUGUUAUACGACCUCUGCGGUUUUCAUAGAAGCGGCUAUUGUGAAUAGGUUUGUCGAACGAGCGGCGUCUCUCGAUACUCUACUUGAUUCUUACCUCUCUGCGAAGGGUGAAGCUGAUCACCGUUUGCGUGGUCUCCGUGAAUAUUCUGAAGAUCAAGUGUUCUUCAUCGCGUUCUGCCAUACGUUAUGUUCCAGUACUCGACUGCAAUACUUGUGUAAUGAACCAUUGCGUAACAGCGUCAAGUUUGCGGAGGCAUUCCGCUGUGCGAAAGGAUCUAUCAUGAACCCAUCAAAAAAGUGUGCGUUUCUGAACUGAUAUGUUUUGCACAAAACAUUAUGUAGGCUAGUUAAGUGUAUUGCUAAUGUAUUUCUAUUCAUUUCAGUAAACGAUUCGC